AUGGCCACGCAGACACUCCACGCCCAUGCCAGGCAAGGCUCCAAUACGAGCUCGACGAUGUCCAUGGGCAUGUCGUACCCGCCUGCGCCUGGCUCACCCACUCUGACGAAUCCCGAUAUGAUUCUACCAGACUACGGCGGCGGCUCCCCUGACCGAUCCGAAUCGCCCCUCAUGAUGUGGAAGAAUGCCCAUGCAAGCGAUGCCAACUAUCAGUCUUCCUCCCUGAACCACUUUGGAUCAGGGCCCAUUACGCCCACAACGCCCAUCAUCUACGGUAACGGCACAAUGCUGUCCGAUAUUGGCGAGGUGACCGAGGUCGAAAGCACCGUCGGCAAGCCUUCCUGGCCCAUUGCUCCACGUCGCCAUGUUACACAGCCCGAUUCAACAAAAGACACCAUGCUGCAGCCCUCACCCUCCGUGGGUCUUGAUGCAAUGAAGAGGCGUGCCAAGGUCCAACAAUUGAGGCGUGCAUCCAUCGACUCGACAAGCACCGUCACCACGCAGGGCAACAAUGGCCAUUUUGCCGACUUUGACGACGAUGUCAGCGUUGACGACAGUAAUUUCCAGGGUGAUGAUGAAGAAAGCGUUGCCGAGUCGCAUAUCGACGACACCACUGCCCGGCAGGCCAAAUUUAUGCCCUUGCCUCCGGGCCAAGGCUUGGGAAUGAACAACGAGAAUAGACACUCUACAGUCUCCAUCAGUCAGAAGGCGGAAGAGAUCCUAGCCAAUGCUAAGAAGAGGCUAACGACCAUGGAAGGGAACUUGUCGAGAGCACGCACAUCACUCGACACGGUCUCUACGCCUCCACACUCUUCUGUCGGAUCAGGAACCCCAUCCCCCCCAAUUGCGAGGUCUGCUUCUGCAGCCACGUCUCCCAGUUCCGCACCAGGGCACUUCCGCAUGAGGAGCGAAGUAGAAACUAACAGUGACAACGCUGGAGACUACACCAAACGGUCGGCUAGUGCUCUUGGUGCUGCAGGAGGAUAUCGACAGCCUCUUCCUGGGUCUCACAGCAUGGGUGAUCUCGGUCGCCCCUACGUCCGGUCGAAGAUUUCACAGCAACCAAUGUUGAGCACAGGGCUCGAGCCUUUGGGGGAGGAGAACGACCCACAGAUGCAAUCGAAACGUGACAGCGCUGUGCUCGACGCCUUUUUGAGCCCAACAUUCGGUCCUUAUACGCAGCAUCAACCAGACAAGGGCUUGACCCGAUCGGCUUCAGUCAUGCAGAUGCGGGAUAUCAAGGACCAGGUGUCCGAUCUGAAGGGGAAGAUCUCUUCGCUGCGAGAACAGGCACGAGCGGACAGUCUGAAACGGCGGAGUCUGCAAAGCCUGCGAACACCUAGUCCUUUCACGCAUGCAGGGACCGACCAGUGGUACGCUGGUACCAUCAAGCCAAAGAGGUCUGACGCCUCUUUCACACCUCUGGGGAGGAACCCUUGGAAUGGCGAAAUGGAAAGCGUUGACGGGGAACGCAUGGCGCAAGCGGAGACACAUGCAGCCCAGGAGUACGCCAUUGCUCCGACUGCCGCUUUGGAUGAGCAAGAUGACGCUGAAUCGGUGAUCAGUGAUUACGUAGCGGCACAAGAAGCCCUUCGCGCAGAGGACCGACUCCAAACCGACUCGGACGGGCAGGAGGAGUACGCAGACGAUGUUGAUGACAUGCAGACAGAGGACGGAUUCGAAGACGCUGAAGAGGGUACCUUUGGCGACUGGGACAGCGAAAGUGGAGAAUCUCUAUACCAUGAUGCGCCGCAGACAGCCGUGUCUCACGAAGACCGAGAGGAUGCUUUCGAUUACGAGCAUUUCUUCCUACACAGCGCCAUGGGAUCAUUCAGUCAGAAGCGCAUGAAGCGGAGAGGCAGCAGCAGUAGCUUCAGCUCCGAGGAUUCGGUUGAGACGACGCGCGGCCCGAGCACCUCAAAUGCGGAUCAAGUUGAAGCAACACUGCGCCGCAGAGGCAGCGGCGACACCAUGUCUACGAUGGACUCAUUUGCAACCGCCACCGAAGGCCAAUCCAGCAGGAAAAAUAGCGACGGAGAAGACGAACCCCAAUUUGCUGUGGCCAGGACGACCGAUGUACGAACCGAGAGCCCCUUGACAGCUACACGGGCAUCGUUCGGACCGGGCAUCAGCGAAGACAGCUCUUUCAGUGUGCAAACAUCAGCGAGGCCGAUGCGCCAGCGCGCCAGCUCCGUUAUAUAUUCGCGACCUCUGAACCGACCUGCAGCCUCGAGAAGCCGACCGUCAAUCUCCUCUCUGGACUCACCUGCAACACAGCGCAGUUUUCCCUUGGUCAAUAGACGGACCUUCAACGGCGUGCCCACGCCCCAGGGCACACCGCAAGGAUCGCCCGACCCGGCGCUGAAGAGUUUGGCUGAGAGCUUGAUGAACGACACGGCAAGCAUCUGCGGCAAGGAUGGCGAGACAGGGGACAAUGUCGCUAUACAACAACUGGCCAAGGAAGAUCAAAUUCUUGUCGAGCGACUCGUGGCCAGCCUUGGCAAAUGUGUCCUCGGGCUCAGUGAGUCGGGCAGGGCAUCGGCAGAGAGCCGCAUGUACAGGCGACGCAUCGAUGCGGCGAGAAAGCUCCUCGAGGGCUUGGAGUCGAUUUAA